AUUAGGGUAUAUAUCAUCGCGUCGCAUCUCCCUCCGCAGGCGUUCCCCUGCCGCCGCCUCCUAUGUGAACAUCUUCUUCACAUCUCCCACCGCAGCAGUCUCCUGGCGCCGCCUCCGAUCUUUGCAUCUUCUUCACAUCUAUCUCCGGAUAUACCAAAACAAGGAGGAAGUAGAGAGGAAGGGGUGUCAUGGCUAGCCGGUUUGUGAAUCUCGCGGUCAAGCACAUGAACGGCCGCCAUAUUCCUUUCAGCAUACACCGUAUUAAUCCGGCAGAUUUCUUUUACCCAACCGGAUCGCCAGUUCCCAAACAAGGUUCAGCUUUUGUACCACCGGACGAAAUUCAGCUGCCUCCGGCCACCAUCGCCUUCGACUGGCCCUCCCGGCAGGGCCAACCCUGCUCAAUGGAUUUCAUGGCCUUCGGCGCCAACCGGGAUAAGAUCGUCGCCGUGGACAGCAUAGGGUGCUCCUACCUUUACGACGCUCCCGUACGCAGUAUCAGCACCAAUAUGCCCAUGAUGCCCACGCGCAUGCUACAACCCAUGUCCAUUGUUGUCGGUGACAACGGCCUGUUAGUUAUGAGUAAAGCCGAUCACCAGUUCGUGGCUCUGAAUGAUGGCUGCGACCCCAAUUCCAGAUAUUUAUUACCAAUGUCUGGCUGGUACUGGCAGUCCCUCAAGCCGCCUCCCUUCCCCAGCCGCUCCUACCACCAGAACGAGAAAGGCAGUCACCAUCCAUUUGAAGUCAGCUCUUACACGGUAGUUGGCAAUUCACAGUUCUGGGUGUCCACAGUGGGUGCAGGCACGUUUUCCUUUGAUAUGAACAGCGGUGCGUGGAUGAAGGCUGGCAAUUGGGAGCUGCCAUUCAGAGGUCGUGCCGAGUAUGUCCCCGAGCACAAUCUCUGGUUUGGCAUGUUUGGCAAAGACGACCAGCUUUGCGCAUCUGACCUCAUUGCCGUGUCCGCAGUGAGCUCACCAGUGCCACAUAUACUUUGGAAAGAGCUGGUUUGGCCGAAAGAUUGGAAGCUCAGGUCGACCCACCUCCUGCCUCUUGGUUCUAGCAGACUCUGCAUUGCCAGGUUCUUCCUAACUUCAGAUGAUGACAAGGAAGAGAACAUGUCAGACUAUAAGCGCAGCACAACAAAUAAUUUUGGGGUGCUCACGGGGGUGGAAGUGGUGUCUGAUGAAGGAGGACUGCGCAUUAUCCAUCACAAGUCCAUUCGCUUCGAUUUCGGCCUCAGCAUUGCUAGUGUGCUGUGAUACGUUGACUCCUCUAGUGCAGGUACGGAAUUGGAGAAAGCUUGGCUGCAUGCUGGUCGGGUAUCACCAUGUCGGGAGUAGUAACCACAAGGCACACACUUGUGAUGCUACCCUUUGUUAUUGAUAAUAUGAGUCCUUAGCUAUCUGUUCAACUAAAAAAAAAGUUGUUAUCUGUUGGACAUGUUUGUGAGAUUGUAUAAUUACAUAUGUAUUAUGAAGUUGCUAGUUUCAGUAGAAUAGAAGUUUUGUAUCUUAGGGUACGCUAGGUUUUAGCCCAAGAUUGCCCUGUCGAAUAUUUGACUAAAAUUGCUCGGGAAAAAUGAAAUGUGGGCGAAGGGGCAUUGACAUGAC